AUGGCUCCACCGCGCGAGGAGGACGGCGCCUGCGCGGCCGGGGACGAGACCUGCGGCACGCCGCCGGGGGGCGCGCCGCCGGCGGACCUGCCGCACGCCCUGCCCGCGGCGGGCGCGGUGCCGGGCGUGGGCGCGCCGGUGUCGCGGGGGGAGCUCGACGCGCUGGCCUUCGAAGCAGCGGAGGGAGGCGAGGAUAUGCCGCUGCCGGAGGCUGGGAUGGUGCCGCCCGACCUGGCGAGGAUGGUGCCGCCAGCUGACGAGGAGCUGCCUGCCGUCGGCGAGGAUGGGAUGGCCCUGGAGCAGGAGGAGGAGGUGCCGCCGGGCCUCGAGGACCUGCUGCCGGAGAGCGCCCGCGCGGGUGCGCUGCCGCCCGGGGGCGCGGAGGGCGGCGGCGAGGAGGACUACGAGGCGCUGCUGCGGCCGCCGGAGGAGCCUCCGCCGAGCGAGAAGGCGAUGCUGGGCGAGGAGGAGCCCGCGGCGCAGGCCCCCGGGGCGGCGGCCGAGGAGCCGCCGCACGAGGAGCUGCCGCCCCCGGCGGAGCCGGGGGCGCUCCCGCCGCGGGCCCCGCCCCAGCGGGCGUCGCCCCUCGGCCGGAGGCCGCC